AUGGAAAAGACCUAUCCUCAAUAUGACGACCUCAAUUAUGAUGACCUAACGACAGCUUUUAGUAGGUUAGAUACAAAGGUGAAGGGAGAGGCUAUGUAUGGUUCCGACCCAAUAGUGUUAACUGAUCUUAAAAGUGAACUGGACUAUGUAAAGAAUCUCAUGGAGACACAUUCAAUAGUUUCUAGAAUUGAAGAAUCCAUGAGUGAAUUUAAAAGACUUAAGGAGCAGGAAACAACCUUUACUGAGGGUAAUAACGGUACAGUAAACAUUUCAGGUCCAUCGGGAAGCACAACGGUUCCAGGAGUAGACUUUGUUGAAGACCCAAACAAUUUACUUCCAGACGUGCUAGAUGCAUUUAAUGAAUCAUUUGACGCGUAAUGGGAUGAUAUAGAGAUCCGUCUGAGUAAACUAAAAAAGUUCUCAGAAGACCGACUCACAGCAAGUAAGAAAAGAGAUUUCGAAAACAAGUAGAGCGUGUUCAGGUUGUCACAAGAGUUAUCAAGGGCAAGGAGGGACUAAUACUAGACCCAAAGAAUAGAUAUGUCAGGGAACUCAUCAAACGAUCAUCUGUAAGAACACUCAAUGAUGGCACAGAGGUGUUGGUAUUUAGAAGUGAACAAGGUAUUAACAAAAGUGGGACACAAAUAAUGAAACGUGGUAAGACCAAGAUUCCUGUGUACUCAAAGGACUCACCUGCUCUGAGAGAAUACAAGGACCUUAUAAAGAAAAUAAAAGAGGUACCUACGAAUCCCGACAAUAUAAUUGGAAGUGAUGAAUCAAUUUACGAGGAUACUAAAGAAGAGCCCCAAUUUGAUACCAGUGAUGAGGAAUACGCUGACCGUGAGAACAUUGAGUUAAUAGACCUAGGUGCAAAACUAGGAGACCUUCCAGGGCUAACAAUGGGAGAAAACAAUGAACUGAGAGGUGUUCUUAUCCCGCCUGAUGGAUCAAGCAUAGAAGGCAGAACAGGUCCCAAUGGAGCGUUACAAAUCCAGGCUGACUACUUUAAUGAAGCUAUUGGUGAAACCGUGGAACGCGCCACCUCAGCGGAAGGUACAACUGAGUAUAAUGCUCUUAUAGAAAGAAUUGACAGUCUGAAGGAAGCUAGGGAUAGGACACUAGAGCAGAGAACAGUAGAGGAAGCAAGGGAGGCACAGUUGGAAGACAUUUCCAGAUUACGUAGAUUUAUAGACUGGGUAGGAAAGGAAAAAGUGGGACUUGUAGGAAUAGCAGUGUCAACAGCUAGUUUAAUUACAACCUUAUUAAUCCAUGCUAGGGGAGCCAUUGUGAAGACAGCAAAGGCCACUGGUAAGGUAGCAAAAGCAUUAGAAAAUUUAGCAAAGAAAGCAGGACCAAUCCUAGUUCCAAUCCUGAACACCAUCGCAACAGCUUUAUCAUGGAGAGCCAAAGGAAUUACCUGGUUAGCGUCACACUUAUGGGUAUUAGCUAUAGCUGCAGCCUUAAUGGUAUUCAACUAUUACACAAAGUAA